UGAAGUCCGUCCAACCAGACAGGAUGCCCUCUUCACGCUGCUACGCUGCUCCAACACUCACACUCAAGGUGCUGAGUGUUCGGAUCUGCGUCCUGCUCUGCAGCAUGUUUCUGGCAGGUUGGCCCCUCUCCCUGGAGGCCGCCCAGCUCCGCUGUGGCUCAGAGCUCCUCAGUGACCUCCUAUUCGUCUGUGGGGAUCGUGGAAUCUACUUAGGUAAAGGUUCCUGGUCUGGGUAUGGCCCUCGGCCCAGGGGGAAGGGGAUAGUAGACCAGUGCUGCAGAUCCUCUGGCUGUGAACUCUACCAUCUGGAGAUGUAUUGUGCCAAACCAAAAGCCAAGCAGCUGAGUACAGUUUCCCCGACUACAGCUUCAACCAAAGCAACACACACCACCACCACCACAGUGGAAGACAUGUUUAAAGUUGUUUUCCGGAAGAGACUUUUUGAGACUCUGGGAGCUCCCAACAGCCCGAAGAGAGAAGCUCACACAAAGAAAGCUCUUUCAUCACUUCAGUUUAAAAGCAAACCUUCAUCGGGACGCAGGAGACCAAAGCUGCAGAACUCCACCAGCAGGCCUCCUUCCGUCUCAGGAAGUCCCACUUGAAGAGAUGCAUGAAGUUGACUUUUACCAGAUCCCAAAUCUUUAAGACACUUUACUAUAAAAGAUUUGAUAUCAGCUUUAAGAGAUGAUCUUACAAAGUAGGGACCACUGCAGUCAGAUUAGAACCUGGGAUCAGUUUGGAAUCAACAGAUCUAGAGGGAAACCAGACAAUGAUCUUCCCCCAGACCUGCAGUCACAGAGGUGUCAGCUCCUCAUUUACAAUCCAGGAGGUCCUGUGACACUGUAAUGUAGUUUUUCUGGUUCCACGACUCAGAUUUCCACACAGUACUUCCAGUACUUAUGAGGAGCUUUAUGGGUGUGACGUCUGAAGCUCUGAAGAUUCCUUCUAAGUCUAGCUUGGUUUCAAACACUCUUCACCUGUGUCAUUUGACCAGCUUAUGUCUGUCUGCUGUUUGCUCGGUAAGUUUGCACAUGUUGAGUUACCUGUCUAAGCCACUUUACUUCACAUUUUUGGUAUUUUUUUUUUGUCUCAUGUUUUUUCCGUUUGUGACACUGCUUAGAUGUUAGCUGGCUGUGUAACACAUAAGGCCUUUAUGAAUUAUUUAGCACUUUUUGGUUGAAUGGAAGCGUACUCUAUGCAAAGAAAGGUUUUUAUACUGACUGUUUUUACAUUUUGUUUUUU